UCUGCGACUUCUCAUGUCCGCCCAUCCAUGAUUCCAUGCACAGGAGAGGGAAAAGAGAGUUCGGUCGUUGCACCUGUCAUCUCUCUCCCUCGACGCACACGCACAUCCCACCUCGGAGUCAACCUGGAAGAAAUUACUCGUGUCGCACUUUCUGCCGCCGUUGAUGAUCACACACUGGUCGUCUCGUCAUCUCUAGUACUGUACUGUGCGGUGCUGUGCUGCGCUGCACAAACGUCGGGAGGCGCAAGAUCCGCAAACCUCGUUCAUCCUCGCUUUUCCGUCGGGUUUCCUUGAGCCUGCCCUUCCGUCAGGGAAAAGCAUCUCUUCGACGCACCAGACGCCUGGCCGAUGUUGUUCCUGAUCAACAUCUCACUGUACAAAAGACACGCAGAGAGCACGCCAUUCAACUCGAGCGGGCAAAGCUGGGUGCAUGCAUGAGGUGGCGGAGUUGGGCGCCCGAUGGAUCU